AUGCUCCUGCCACCCCAGCUGCUCCGAGCGGCCCGCCGUAGUGUGGGAAUCAGCUGUGGAAGGCAUCUGUUCCCUGCCUUGUGCAAUCAUCAGCAUCAGCAGCAGCACAACCAUCUCUAUGGCAUCUAUAGGAGCAGCAGGUGCGUGCACACGGAAGUGUGUGCGGGGAAGGAAGAGGAAAAGGGGGCUCUAAGUGACCUUGAGUCUGAACUGGUGGUCGUGGGCUGCGGGCAGAUGGGCACUGGAAUUGCGCUGACUGCUGCGAGGCAUCUGGCAGGAACACGCGUCACAUUGCUGGACAUAUCAAAGACGCAGCUGCAGCGGGGCCGCAAGUUCUCGGAGCUGUGGGUGCAGAAGGAAGUUGGCAAAGGAAAGCUGGAGCCAGCAGCAGCUGAGAGUCUGUUGCAACGUUUGUCUUUUAUCUUCCUUGAUCCAGAAGUUUUAAUUUCACUGGACGCAUCGGCAGCACCCGAAGCUGUGCGGCGCUCUACAUUUUGUCUAGAAAGCGCCAGCGAGAACUUGGCUAUUAAGAGGAACAUUUUUGCCCUUUUAGAUUCUGCUGCUCCGCCUACAGCAGUCCUUGCAACAAACACCUCAUCUAUCUCCAUAACCAAGAUAGCUGCCGCCACCCGCAGCCCCCACAGAGUCAUCGGGAUGCAUUUCAUGAAUCCUGUGCCGGUGAUGCCGCUGGUAGAGAUCAUAUCUGGGCUUGACACAGACGAAAACACGAAGCUGCGCACUGAACAACUGGCAUUUCAAAUGAAAAAGACAACUGCUCACGCGCUAGACAGGCCAGGCUUCGUCGCCAACCGCCUCCUCAUGCCGUACCUCAAUGAGGCGGUGUUUGCUCUGCAGGUGAAUGAGGGUUUGGGAUGCACAGGGAAAGCGAUGACUGAAUCUCCUUAG